AUGACAAGAUUGUUUGGCAUCUUCCAUGCGGGAGAGGCUUGCUAUGUUGUUUUAAGAUUUGUCAUCAAAAGUGGCCCAAAGGGUUGUGAGUGGAAAGCUGAGGGCAUAAGAGCAAAGGCCAUGAAGUUCAUUGAUGGCUACAUGAUUUCUUCUGGUCAGCCAGUCAAUGAAUGCAUUGACUCAGCUGUGAGACAUGUUCUCCUUAGAAAGGGUGUUCUUGGUAUCAAGGUCAAGACUAUGCUCGACUGGGAUCCUGAUGCAAAACCUGAUCUACUCUCUUUCUUAUGUGUAAGCUCUUACCUCUCUGUCACCUUGCUUUGA